GGUUACGUCGCCCAGCAGAGUUAAGCAUCUGCCGCCACCGUCUGACACGCUGGGCCCCCGGGCUUGCACCGCCCCCCUGCGCUCGCUAGGGGAGCUGGCCCCGCGGUGCCUCCGACCGGGCUGCGUCGUGGCUCCGUGAGCGCGGUCGGGCAGCAGUCGUCGCCACUGUGCGUCGCUGAGCAUGUUGCAGCAGCAGCCUCUCACGGGCAACGGGCCCUCCAGCGGCCGGGGACUCGGCAUGAGCGGCCACCCCGGGAUGCACGCGCUCAACUCGGUCCAUCAACCCUCCCAACACCGGUCCGACGGAGGGGACUCGGGCCUCGAGGGCACGGAGAACGGACAUGAAACCCGCAGAGAUAUCGGCGACAUACUGCAGCAAAUAAUGACCAUCACCGACCAAAGUUUAGACGAGGCACAAGCAAAGAAACAUGCCCUGAACUGUCACCGAAUGAAACCCGCAUUGUUCAGCGUUUUGUGCGAGAUCAAGGAGAAAACGGGCCUGUCAAUGAGGAACGCGCAGGAGGAGGAACCUCAGGACCCUCAGCUGGUGCGCCUGGACAACAUGCUGCUGGCGGAGGGAGUGGCUGGGCCGGAAAAGGGUGGUGGGGCUGCCGCUGCCGUGUCUGCUGCUACGAGCUCUGGAGGGAUGUCACCUGACAGCUCGCUCGAGCACUCCGACUACAAAAGCAAGUUGAGCCAGAUUCGCAGUAUCUACCACACUGAGCUGGAGAAGUAUGAGCAGGCAUGCACUGAGUUCACCACCCAUGUGAUGAACCUUUUGAGGGAGCAGUCACGUACACGACCUGUGACCCCGCGGGAGAUUGAGCGCAUGGUCGCCAUCAUCCACCGCAAGUUCAGCUCGAUCCAGACUCAGCUGAAGCAGAGCACUUGCGAGGCAGUCAUGAUCUUAAGGUCCCGCUUCCUUGAUGCCAGACGCAAGAGGCGUAACUUCAGCAAACAGGCAACAGAGGUCCUGAACGAGUAUUUCUACUCCCACCUGUCCAACCCUUAUCCCAGUGAAGAAGCCAAAGAGGAACUUGCCAAGCAGUGUGGAAUCACUGUCUCUCAGGUCUCAAAUUGGUUUGGCAACAAGAGAAUCCGCUACAAGAAGAACAUUGGUAAGUUCCAGGAGGAGGCCAAUCUGUAUGCCAUGAAGACAGCCUUGGGUGCCAGACAGGGCGACGACUCCCCGCACACCCCCAACUCCACAGGGUCUGGUUCCUUUUCACUGUCUGGGUCAGCUGACCUUUUCCUCGGGGUUCCACCUGUGAACGGUGAGCAGUCAAGCUACCAAAUGGGAGUGCAGGCGAACGGGAACUGGCAGAGCCGAAACUCGCCCCCAUCCGGCACCUCUCCUCAUAGCGACCACUCUGAAAACUCUGACUGAUGUCCCCCACCCUCUGGCACAGAUGCGACGGAAAGAUUGAGGAUGGAACAGACAGAAAAGAAUGAUAUCACACUUCCCACUUGGCUGCAGUUGUGUUUUUGUUUUGUAUGUCGUUUGGUUUGGUUAUUUGUACAUGCUUUUCUUUUCUCACCGCUCAGCUUUGUUCAUGAUUAUUAUUGUAUUGUUCAGCUGAGUGCGCAGGUGGUAGAGUGAAAGCGUGGCGUGCAUGCGAGUGCGACUUUAUUAACGGGGUUGUAGGGUUUUGUUUUCCCAUUACUUUCUGACAUGUUACUGAGGUGUGUUUGUGGUUGGGAUGGGAAGGGGGAGGAAUGGAACCGCAUUAUCAUUGUUUUUAGCACACUAUAUCAUUAUUAUUAUUAAUAUUAUUGCUGUUUUACUAUUAGUGCUACAACUAUUUUCGUUUUAACAGCUCAGAAAGAGAGAAUGCAUUUAGUGAAUGAGAGGGCAAUAGAGAAAAAUCCAAAGAAUUUGUGUGUUUGUUUCUCUGUAUUUUUUUGUUUUGUUUUUUCUACCGGGCUUAUUUGUCCCUGUAAGAUGAACGAGUGUUUGAGUCCAUAUUAACGGUUUGAGUGAGUAUAUCAACAGUGCUGUCUUUUUUCUGUACAGUGAAACACCUGUAUUCUCUCUACCUCUUUUACAAUAAAGAUUCUGUAUUCACAUCCA